GCAUUUGCUGCAUAGCUUGGGCGGACUGAAAAGUAGGGUGUUGUGCGGGGGCAGCAGCACAAAACCAAGAGAUGGAGCCUGAGUCAGAGCCCAAGUAUGUAGCGGUGUCUCCCGGGUGCCUGACUUCGGGGCACAGCUCCCUUCUAAGCCCGCUGUCUCCGGACGCGCUGCAGUUUGAUGAAGAUGAUGACCUGGAGGUGUUUAGUAAGGGUGCAGCACUUUCUGAUGGCAAUUCAUUUAGUCCUUUAAUGCUAGCAUCUCCAUCAUCCAUGAUAAAUCAAUAUAAAUUUGAAGAUGAGCCCGAUGUCAAGGAUAUUUUCGUUACUGUUGAUGAGCCAGAAAGCCAUGUAAAUGCAAUUGAAACAUUUAUUACAUACAGAAUUGCUACAAAGACAUCUCGCAGUCAAUUUGACUCGUGUGAGUUUGAAGUCCGAAGGCGGUAUCAAGAUUUCCUAUGGCUAAAAAGUAGGCUGGAAGAUGCCCAUCCUACCUUAAUAAUACCUCCCCUUCCAGAGAAAUUCAUAGUUAGAGGAAUGGUGGAACGAUUUACUGAGGAAUUCAUUGAGACUCGAAGAAAAGCUUUACAUAAAUUUUUGAACAGGAUUGCAGAUCAUCCAACAUUAACUUUUAAUGAAGACUUCAAGAUUUUCCUCACUGCUCAAGCAUGGGAGUUAACGUCUCACAAGAAACAAGGCCCUGGUCUCUUCAGCCGAAUGGGACAGACAAUCAAGGCUGUGGCUUCAUCUGUGAGGGGUAUUAAAAAUCGGCCUGACGAGUUUACAGAAUUGGGGGAAUACGUUGAUGCUUUCAGUCAGAAGAUAAACGUACUAGAUAAAAUAUCCCAAAGAAUUUAUAAAGAACAAAAAGGCUAUUAUGAGGGAUUGAAGGAGUAUGGCCCUGUUCACACUUUGUGGUCUGCAUCUGAGGAAGAACUUGUAGACUCUUUAAAAGGGAUGGCCAACUGCAUUGAUAAGUGCUGCAAAGUCACAGACACCCUGAAUUUGAAACUCUCAGGAGAAUUAAUUCCAAUCAUUCAUGAGUAUGUUCUAUACAGUGAAACACUUUCUCUUAAAGAAGAGAUCGAGAAACUCGAAGAUAAAGUUGAAUGUGCAAAUAAUGCUCUGAAGGCCGACUGGGAAAGAUGGAAACAAAACAUGCAAUCUGAUUUAAGCGCAACUUUUACCAAUAUGGCAGAAAACAGGAUAAGCCAUUACGAAGAGUGCCUUGCCUUAUGGGAGUCAUUCCUUUCUUCUCAGACAUGUGAUUUUCAGAUGGACACAAAAGAAUAGGAGAAAUCCUGAAUCUCUAUAAUUUAGUAUAUGCACUACCACAUUAUAUUGCUGACUGACCAAAGAUAUGUUUCUUAACAGAGGCCAUUUUUAAGUUGAACUAUUUCUAUUCCAUCUGAAUCUGUCAUUACAAAGGCACUUGCCAAAACCAAGUGUUUUCUUCCGAUCUGAUGAACUGAUGGUUAAUUCAGGGAUCAAGUGUUCAGUUAUCAAGCUAUUCAGUAAUUUUUUUUUAUAUGAGCAAAACAGUAUUUUGAAAGGGCUAUGUAAAUCAAGUAUCUUUCUUGAAACUUUUGUAUUUAGUGAAUGUUUUAAAUAUUAUGUUAAACAAAUCCUUUUAAUUAAAACAUAUUUCUUAUGCUUCA